UAAGGGCCCCGGGUGCCAGACAACCUAGCUACGCCACUGCUUGUGCCGCCGCUUUCUAAGACAAAGAAAACUAUUAGAAAACUCAUUUAUCAAACUGGAUAUCGUUAAUCUCGCCAACCAUUCUUUCUUUUGGGGCGACUUCACUGGGGUCCAGCCACAGGGAUGCUUUGCUUGCAGUUUACAAUGUUAUUAAAGAGACAAAAAUAGUACUUUGAUGAAUUUCUAAAGUUAUCAAUAAUUAUCUUUCUUUCUUACUUGCUUACUUACUUACUUACUUACUUACUUACUUACUUACUUACUUACUUACUUACUUACUUACUUACUUACUUACUUAAUUUAUGAAAAUUCUUAACAAUAUUUUUAUUACACUUCUCAAUUACAGUUCUAUAGUCCCACGCUCUACUAUUCAAAUCGAGUUUUGCUUUACUUCUAAGAGUACGGAAAACCGCCUGCUUCUUGGCCGAUCCCCCAUAGUGGGUGCGCGCUUGGGAUCCAAGACGAGACAAGAAGCCUCGCGUGCCGGCUGCGACAGAACAGGACGGAAGCCAUGGCUGCGGACACCGCGUCCUUCGUGCUCGGACUGCUGCUGCUGGCCUCUGCAGUGCCGCGGGGCGGCCGGUGCUGUCGCACGGAGCACUUCCCGAUCCCCAGCCAGUGCGGUUCGGAAGGCGGCAUCCCGCUGGGUGGCGCCCACUCGCUGCCCUGGAUGGUGACGGUGCGCGUGGAGGCGAUGACCGACGUCCAGGACCCGGAGGACCUGCUGCCUUGCCCCAGCGUGUUCCAGGCGGCCAGGGGAGACUCCAACGGCUCGACAGACCGCCGCGGGGGGCCGGACUCCUUCUUCGGCCACCUGGCGCGGGUGGCCGUCACCCACAGGCUGACAUCGACGUGCGCCGGCGCCCUCGUCACCGCAAGGCACGUUCUGACGGCGGCACACUGCCUGUUCGCGUCGCGCUACAAGCCGACGUACCGCGUCUACCUGCGCAAUGGCAGCUCGGCCGCCCACAGGGGGCACGCCUCGCCCCGCUCCUACGUGAGCGUGCCGGUGUCGACAGCACUGUGCCACCCGGGAUGUCGGUUCCACGGCACCACCCGGGCCGUCAACGACCUCGCCGUGCUCGUGCUCGCCGAGCCCAUCGACAUUCAGGGCGGCGGCGUGAGUGCCCUGUGCCUGCCCUGGCCCGACGUGCCGGUGUACGGCUCGGUGUUGUGGAUGGCGCGCCACGAAGGCCGUCCCAAGGGGGGCUCGGCCGGGGGAGGAGCGGGCCGCCUGCCCACCGCCCUGACCAGGGAGUCCGUGCAGCUCGUCAACUGCUCGCUGCUCCCGCAAAUGGCCCACGAUACCGCCGGGGAGCCCUCGAACGAGCUCUGCGCCGUCAGCAUCGGCGGCCUUCGCGAGGUGGUCGACCCCGGCGCUGCGCUAAUGGUGGACACCGUCCAAGGCUGGGUCCUCGUCGGCCUGGUCUCGUGGCUGGACGACGCCCGCGCCGUCUCCAGUGUCGCCGUCUUCACCGAUGUGCGCGCCCUCAUGGCGUGGCUCCUGGAGACAGUCUUCAAGACCUUCUGACGCAAUACAGGCUUUUCAGCCUCGCGUGUUUGUUCUUGUUGAGCAUUGGGCGUGCCGUUAACCGGUGCCUCGAGAUUUUCUCAUUUGC